AUCAAUCUCCACAGACCACGGUUAUCACGCGGCUCGUCCCCAGCGUGCCACGCUUGUUCCAACCGACACCCCCUUCCAUUUCCUUCGUUACCACGAUUCCUCCAACCUAAAUACCCCUCCGAUUACCUCUCAGCUUCUCCCUCAAUCGAAUAGUCACAAACUCAACCAUGUCAGCUUCGAAGCCCUCUCAAAACACAACCCAGGAAGUCAUUUUCUCUAACCCAGAAGCCACUUCCUCUUCGUCCCUAUACCCUUCCAUCGACGUGAAAGAACUCGCAGAGAACCUCUUCCCUGCUGUAGACGAUGACGUUUCACAGGCCUCUUCACACUUGCUACAACCCUCGGAAGAUGUUCUGGUCAAGGUCCCAGGCGCACUAGUACACCUCAUCGAGAAAGACCAUAGCGUCGAGCUCGCUUGCGGUGAGCUCGAGAUAGUUAGUCUUAGUCAAGGCGAUAAUGUCGUCGCCGUUCUUGCGCGUGUCGGAGAUGAUAUUCAGUGGCCGUUGGCGAAGGACGAGGCGGCCGUCAAGCUCGAUGAGGCUCAUUACUUCUUUACCCUUCGGGUUCCGCCAGAUGGGCCGGUGGGAAGUAAUGGGGACGAUGAAGAUUUUGCUUGUAAAGAGUGUGAGAUGUUGAAUUACGGGUUAACGAUUGCGUCGAAGGGACAAGAGGCUUUGUUGAAGGAGCUGGAUCGGGUUUUGGAGAUGUAUAGCUGUUUUUCGGUACAGAAGAUGGGAGAAAUCGGGAGCUGGGAGGUAUUGGAUGGCUCGGUGGCGAGGGAGAUGUCUCCUGGGGAGUUGGAGUCGAAGGAGAAUAAGGAAUUGAUGGGGGAGAGCUCGGCCGCGUACUGGACAACAUUGGCACCGAACGUCGAGGACUAUAGUGGGCACGUGGCGAGGCUGAUUGCCGCAGGGUCGGGGCAGCUGAUCAGAGGGAUCUUGUGGUGCGGUGAUGUGACGGUGGACAGGCUGAAAUGGGGAAACGAGUUCUUGAUGAAGAGGAUGGAACAGAGAUCCAAUACGGAGAUUAGUCCAUCAGUAAUGAAGAGGAUAAAAAGGGUUAAAAAGUUGACAAAGAUGUCAGAGAAUAUGGCUUCUGGUGUCCUUUCUGGGGUUGUUAAAGUGUCCGGAUUCUUUACAAGCUCGAUAGUGAACUCUAAAGUGGGCAAGAAAUUUUUCAGCCUCCUCCCUGGAGAGAUUGUCCUUGCUUCUUUGGAUGGAUUUAGCAAGGUCUUUGAUGCUGUUGAACUUGCUGGAAGGAAUGUCAUGUCAACUACUUCAGUGGUGACUACUGGGCUUGUUUCACAGAGGUAUGGACAACAAGCAGCUCAAGCGACAAAUGUGGGGCUUGAUGCUGCAGGACAUGCUAUUGGUGCCGCUUGGGCUGUGUUCAAGAUAAGAAAGGCUAUCAACCCCAAGAGCGUACUCAAACCCACAACGCUUGCAAAAGCUGCUGCUGCAGCGAAUUCUGCUGAACUGAAGGCUAAAUAUAAAAAGUAAUGGCAGGCGUUCUACCUUCCUUUUUUCUUCUUUUUAAUGAAUAGCGGAUACAGUUAGUUACACUAAAAGCACUCCAUCUUAGCUUCUUACAUUUAGCAGAGGCCAAGCUCCUUGGUAGCUGUUAGCCAUUAUAUUGUUUUGUUCUUUUUCUAUACUUCAAUGGAUCAGAUGAUUUCUGUAA